AUUUCUUCGUUUUUUUUCUCUCUUUUUUUCUUAAAUUUUUUUUUUUUGCGGGAAAACCCCGCGGAAAAUACUCUCGCUUGGAUUUUCCGGCGAAAUCUGCUGCCGGAUGGAAGGUCAGGGUGCUGGAAUCGGCCGAGUUCUGGUUCUGGCCUUGUGCGUGGCCGGAAUCUGGUCGGCGUAUAUAACGCAAGGCGUUCUUCAGGAAACUCUGUCCACCAAGCGAUUUGGGCCAGAUGGGAAACAGUUUGAACAGCUUCCAUUUUUGAAUCUCGCCCAAAAUGUAGUUUGUUUCAUUUGGUCGCUGAUAAUGAUAAAGCUUUGGUCUGGAAGCAGCAGUGGUGGUGCUCCAUGGUGGAGUUAUUGGAGCGCCAGCAUCUCAAACACGAUUGGUCCUGCAAUGGGAAUUGAAGCACUAAAGUACAUCAGUUACCCAGCCCAGGUUCUGGCGAAAUCCUCUAAAAUGAUUCCAGUGAUGCUGGUGGGCGCGUUGGUUUAUGGAAUUAAAUACACUUUUCCUGAGUAUGUAUGCACUCUCCUUGUCGCUGGUGGAGUAUCCGCCUUUGCACUUUUGAAGACAAGCUCGAAGACCAUAAGCAAGCUGGCUCAUCCAAAUGCUCCUUUUGGUUAUGGCUUGUGUUUUUUGAACUUAGCAAUGGAUGGAUUCACAAAUGCAACUCAGGAUUCCAUAACUGCAAGGUACCCGAAGACAAGUGCUUGGGAUAUAAUGCUGGGGAUGAAUCUCUGGGGUACCAUAUACAAUGUCAUCUACAUGUUCGGUUACCCGCGUGGGGGUGGCUAUGAGGCAGUCCAUUUCUGCAAGCAGCACCCGGAAGCAGCAUGGGACAUCCUCCUCUACUGCCUCUGUGGGGCAGUAGGUCAGAACUUCAUCUUCCUGACCAUCAGCCGCUUUGGCUCCCUCACCAACACCACCAUAACCACGACCCGCAAGUUUGUGAGCAUUGUUGUGUCUUCGCUUCUGAGUGGAAAUCCCUUGUCUGGAAAGCAAUGGGGGAGCGUUGUCAUGGUCUUCAGCGGGCUGUCAUAUCAGAUCUAUCUCAAGUGGAGGAAGCUGCAAAGGCAGCAGAAGAAGAGAAAGCCCAUGUAAGGCUGGAUCAUUGUUGGUGGCAUGAUGCUGCAUUGGUAAGUUGCCUGCGUUAUUGAAGUUUUGAACCAGCACUGCCAGAGGAGGUCUUAGCUGUUGUUUUUCUGUUCCACAGCCCCCAAACAAUCCUUCUUUCAUGUUGUAAUUUUCUGUGAAGUCUGAGAUAUGGGUCCUAAAUUACAGUAAAUACAUAUGCUUAGAAACUGUUUUGUGAGCAAUCUCUACAAAUAUGUAAAAGAUUGUAUUCUAUUGUUAUUGAGAGUGGGCAAACCCCAAUGUAUUCUAUACCUGAUUUUCUUUAGUGGCUCUAUUGAUUCAGACAUUCUGGCUGCUAUGCAACCAUCUUGAAAUACAACCAUGUUGUUAUUUGGAGUGA